AAAGGCGCUCCUAGUUGAAGGAACGGUUCCUCAGCAGCACCAGCAGGCGGAAGCAGCGACCAUGGGGGGCGGCGGCGGCGGCGGAAGAGGGAGGUCCCGAACUCAGCGGCGGCAUUUCGCUCAGAGCAGGGAGAACACCUGGAAGCGCCCAAGGUCCGACCCUUCCGACGCAAACCAGGGAGAAGGCAACUCCCAGAGCGGCGACCCGACGUGGCAGCCCUUCUCGACUCAGAAUCCCGCCUUCGAUGAGUACUACAAGGAGCAAGCGAUAGUAUCUCCCGAGGAGUGGGAUACUUUCAUCGAAUACCUUCGGAAGCCAUUGCCUGCUGCAUUCAGAAUCAACUCCAGUAGCCAGUUUUGUAUGGACAUCAAAUCACAACUGGAGAAUGACUUCAUGAAAUCUCUUCAAUCUGAAUUCGUUGGAGGGGAUGAGGCAGAGGCCAUUAGACCAUUGCCAUGGUAUCCUGAUAAUCUUGCCUGGCAUUCAAAUUUUUCGCGGAUGCAGCUGCGCAAGAAUCAAGCACUUGAGAAGUUUCAUGAGUUCUUAAAGCUUGAAAAUGAAAUUGGAAACAUCACAAGACAGGAGGCUGUCAGCAUGGUCCCUCCUCUCUUUCUGGAUGUACAAUCUGACCAUUUUGUACUCGAUAUGUGUGCUGCCCCUGGAUCAAAGACCUUUCAAUUACUCGAGAUUAUUCACCGUUCAACUGGACCAGGAAGACUACCUGAUGGACUGGUUCUUGCUAAUGAUCUUGAUGUCCAAAGAUGCAACCUUCUCAUUCACCAAACAAAAAGAAUGUGCACUGCCAACGUGGUGGUCACUAAUCAUGAAGCUCAACACUUUCCUGGUUGCCGUUUAAAUAAAAACUGGGUUGGUGCUUCGGAAGUGAAUGGUCAAUCGGAGGCGAGUCCCAAUCAACUAUUAUUUGAUCGGGUCCUGUGUGACGUUCCUUGCAGUGGAGAUGGAACCCUUCGCAAAGCUCCAGAUAUCUGGAGAAAAUGGAAUUCGGGGAUGGGCAAUGGGCUUCAUGGGCUCCAAAUUCAGAUCGCCUUGCGAGGAUUGUCAUUGCUCAAAGUUGGUGGGAGAAUGGUUUACUCGACCUGCUCAAUGAAUCCAAUUGAAAAUGAAGCUGUGGUUGCUGAGAUUCUGAGAAGGCGUGAGGGCUUUGUUGAACUUGUUGACGUUUCUAUGGAGCUUCCUCAACUUAUUCGCAGGCCAGGCCUUAGAAAGUGGAAGGUACGUGAUAAAGGCACCUGGGUAACUUCCUAUAAAGAUGCUGAGAAGUCUCGAAGAGCUGCUGUAAUUCCCAGCAUGUUUCCUUGUGGGAGAGGUCUUACAGAUCCUGCUGAUGAGAAUUCAGAAAGAGAUGACCUUGCUGGCCAGGAAACAAAACCUGAAGAUGAUACUGAGCAAUUGGAAAAUGAUGCUGCUCCAACGACGGACUUAGAAGAAGAAAUUUCUAAUUUGCCUCUUGAACGAUGCAUGAGAAUAGUGCCUCAUGAUCAAAAUGGUGGAGCCUUCUUUAUUGCUGUCCUCCGCAAAAUAGCCCCCUUCCCAGCCGGUAUGCAGAAACCUAUGAGCAAGAGGGCUAAACCUUCAUCUGAGAAGGAUGAACUGCCCAAAGAAGUACCAGAUAAAGCCAGCGAACAUGUCAAUGGGUUGGGAGAUAAAUCAGCAGACGCGCUAAAUGAGAAAGUUCCAGAAGCAGCUUCAGAUCAUACUGAUGGUUCAGAAGCUGCUGUUUUGGAAAUCGAUUCUUCUAACAUGCAUGAAAGUGGAGAUGGUAGCGCAAGGGGAACUGGAGUGUCCGGUAAUGGGGGAACUGACCAAAUGAAAGCAGGUGGAAAGAGGAAGUUGCAGAUGCAAGGCAAGUGGAAGGGGGUCGAUCCUGUUGUGUUUUUCAAAGAUGAAGCUGUUAUCAACGGCAUCAAGACAUUUUAUGGUAUUGUCGAGUCCUUCCCUUUGGAUGGUCACCUAGUUACAAGGAAUGAAGACACCAACCAUGUAAAGAGAAUUUACUUCAUUUCGAAGUCAGUGAAGGAGCUUUUGGAGCUAAAUUUUCAAGUGGGUCAGCCACUCAAGAUCACUUCCAUUGGCCUAAAGAUGUUUGAACGACAAUCUUCGAUCCAAGGUACCUCUGCCCCGUGUUCCUUCCGAAUAUCGUCCGAAGGGUUGCCCCUGCUUCUCCCAUACAUUACGAAACAAAUCUUACGUGCCUCCUUGGUGGACUUCAAGCAUCUUUUGCAGUAUAAGAGCAUCAAAUUCUCUGAUUUCGUGGAUUCUGAGUUUCGCGACAAAGCAUCCGAUCUACAGCCUGGAUGCUGUGUAAUAGUUCUCAAAAGUGCAGAAGAAAUGCCUUUGUCGGGUCUGGAUACAGCAGACAGAAUAGCCAUCGGGUGUUGGAAGGGCAAAGCCAGCUUGAGCGUGUUGGUCACCGCCAUCGACUGCCAAGAGCUGAUGGAGAGGCUCGUAGCCCGCAUGGAGACUGGGAAAGAUUCUUCACUCCAAGAAACCGAAACCACCUCUGACAAUGCAAUAGAUGAGGAGAUAAACAAAGUUGAGAAGCCCGAAGAUGCAAAGACCAUAGAACCUGCCAUCGAGGGCUGACUGUUGUACCGAUUUUGACUAUACGGAAGUUUGUACUGUAGUUGAUUUCUAGUGGUAUCCAAUAGCUAUAAAACUUGCUAAUCCAGUUUUUCGACCCCUUCGGCCCUGUCUUUCUGUUGGGUUUGUAUUUUUUCAGGGAUGAGGCUACACUGUGAUGCGCAAUUCUUACAACUCAGGAGCUUUUAUUCUAUACGCGGCUUCAGUCUGCUUCCUUGUCC